CUACAGGAGCAGCAUGUGGUUUUCUGUACAGGAAGUGAUGUCACUUCUGCUCUGAAAGAACCUGUCACACACACACACACACACACACACGACAUGUAUUAUACACGUGUGUUUCCAUCAUGACCGAGAAAAGAGCAGAACCUUCAUAAACAGUAGAGGAAGUGAUGGACGUGAGCGAGGAGGACAUGAUGCCGCUGAUAAACGACAGAUCCGCCAGUCACAAAUCCAGCUGCGACUCCUUCGUCCUCCUGCACUUGUACCACAGCGUGAGCUCCCAAACCGAGGGCACCGUCUCCAUCCCUGCCGGCCACGUCACCGCCGAGAGCGUCUGCACGCUAGCUGCUAAGAGCUGCGGUGUACUUCCUGUGUUCCAUAAUUUAUUCGCGUUGGCAUCAGAGGAUCUGACGUUCUGGUACCCGCCGACACACGUGUUCAAGAGUGACAAGAACACGACUGUUCAUUACAGAGUCCGGUAUUUCUUCUCAGGAUGGUUCGGUCAGGGAUCCAGAGCCACGUACCGCUACAGUCUGAGCUCGGGGAGGAUCUGCGCCGUGCUGGACUACAGCGUCAUCGACUACCUGUUCGCUCAGUCCCGGAGUGAUUUCGUGUCGAGCCGCGGGGGGGUGUGUCCGCCCCUGAACGCCAUCCAGGAGUGUCUGGGGUUGGCGGUGCUGGACCUGUGGAGACAAGCUAAGGAGGGAAACCGCAGCCUGAAGGAAGUGUGUAAAAGCACCAGUUACAAGUCGUGCCUGCCGAACUCUCACCGGGAGGAGAUCCAGCGGAUGAGCCGGCUGGCGCGGUACCAGAUCCGUAAGACGCUGAAGCGCUUCCUGAAGAAGCUGGGACGCUGCGCGGCGGGAGAACGCAGCCUGAAGCUGAAGUAUCUGAUGGAGCUGAGCGCCAUGGAGCCUGAAUACGGGACGGAGACGUUUAACACCCGCCGCUGUGUGGUCAGGGUCUCUGGGGAGGGAGGGAUCCAGACCUACUCCGAUGAUGGACAGGAGUGGCAGACCUUUUGUGACUUCCCCCAGAUCACAGACAUCAAUAUGAAGCGCCUCUGCCCGGAGCGACUCCCUGCUGAGGGGCGAGUGGUGACCCUGACCAGGCAGGAUGACCGGUGUCUGGAGGUGGAGUUUGAGACCCUGACCGACUCGCUGUCCUUCGUCUCUCUGGUGGAUAAUUAUUUCAGACUCACCACUGACUCCUCCCACUAUUUCUGCUCUGAAGUGGCUCCGCCCACUCUGCUGCAGGACAUCGAGAGUCACUGUCACGGUCCCGUCACCUCGGAGUUCGCCGUGCACAAGCUGAAGAAGGGCGGAGCCAAAAACGGGACCUACCUCCUCCGCCGCAGCCCCAGGGACUACGACAAGUACUUCCUCAUGGUCUGCUUACAGACCCCGCUGGGUUGGGAAUACAAGGACUGUCUGAUAGAGAAGAACGAGAAGUUCCACCUGGCUGGAAUCCACACGUCCUUCAGCAGUCUGAAGGAUCUCACCAGCUUCUACCAGCACCACAUGCUGCUCCUGGCAGACGUGCCCGUCACCCUGAGGACGUGCUGCCCGCCCAGAGCUAAAGAACUCUCCAAUCUGAUCAUCGUGAGGAACAGCAGCGUUUGUCAGACUCCCAGCUCUCCUCCUCAGCACCGACACCGAUCGAGUCAUAUCCAGUUCCACAUGAUCAAACACGAGGACCUGGUCUGGAAGGAGAGUUUGGGUCAGGGUUCCUUCACCCACAUCUACCGAGGCUUAAAGACGGACCAGCGUGAGGGAGAGACCUACACCACCGAGGUUCUGCUCAAAGUUCUGGACGUGGAGCACAAGAACAGCUGGGAGUCGUUCUUCGAAGCCGCCAGCUUCAUGAGCCAGAUUUCCCACAAGCACCUGCUGCUGGUGUACGGCGUCACCGUCCACAAAUCCAAAAAUAUCAUGGUUCAGGAGUUUGUGAAGUACGGAGCUCUGGAUCUUUAUCUGAAGAGGUCGAGCGUCUCGCUCAGCUGGAAACUGGACGUGGCCAAGCAGCUCGCCUGCACCCUCAACUUCCUGGAGGAGAAGAACAUCGUUCAUGGGAACAUCUGCGCAAAAAACCUGCUGCUGGCACGAGAGGGGGAUCCCACCUCCAAAAACUCGCCCUUCAUUAAGCUCAGUGAUCCUGGCAUCAGCGUGGCCAUGCUGGGCAAAGAGGUGGUUCUGGACCGGAUCCCCUGGGUGGCCCCGGAGGUUUUGGAGAAUCUGGAGUUGGGGCAGCAGAGUGAUAAGUGGAGUUUUGGUACGACGCUGUGGGAGAUCUUCAACGGAGGAGAGGUUCCUCUGCAGCGCCUCGACCCCAAACAGAAGCAGAGCUUUUAUGACCAGCGCUCACAUCUACCCUGUCUGGAGUGGACGGAGCUGGCAGAUCUGAUCUCUCAGUGUAUGCAGUACCAGCCUGAACUCAGACCGUCGUCUCGAACCGUCAUCCGCCACCUCAACAGCCUCAUCACCCCCGAUUAUGAGAUCCUGCACGCAGCAGCUUCCAUGCCUGAGAGAGACGGAUUCUGGAGAGCGCUGACCAAUCAGCAAACACAACCACAACAACAGGUGUACGAGGAGAGACACCUCAAAUUCAUCUCCGCCCUCGGCAAGGGUAAUUUCGGCAGCGUGGACCUGUGCCGUUACGACCCUCUGGGUGAUAACACUGGUGAGCUGGUGGCGGUGAAGCAGCUCCAGUCCAGCAAACAGGGAAACCUGGUGGAGUUUCAGAGGGAAAUUCAGACCAUCAGCUCACUGCACUGCGACUACAUCGUCAAGUACAGAGGGAUCUGCUACAGCGCCGGGCGUCUCAGUAUGAGGUUGGUUAUGGAGUUUUUACCCUUCGGUAAUUUGAUCAGCUACAUAGAGAAAAAUAAAAAGCUAAUUAACAACAGGAGGCUCCUGCUGUUCUCCUCCCAAAUCUGUAAGGGUAUGGAGUACCUGCAGAAUCUGAGGUACGUACAUCGUGACCUGGCAGCGAGGAACAUCCUGGUCUCCAGUGAUAUGCUGGUGAAGAUCGCUGAUUUUGGUCUCACCAAGAUUAUUCCAGUAGAGAAGGAGUAUUACCGCGUCACCCAGUCCGGGGAGAGCCCCAUAUUCUGGUACUCACCAGAGUCUUUAUCUGAGUACAAAUUCUCUCAUAAAUCAGACGUGUGGAGUUUCGGGGUUCUCCUGCACGAGAUGUUCUCCUUCUGCGAGCUCAGUCGCAACCCCAAACGGCUCCUCCUUCAGAAGAUAGGGGGCGACCUUCAGGGUGCCAUGAUGGCCGUGCAUCUCUUCAACAUCCUGAAGGAGAACUGGAGGCUGCCCGUGCCCCCCAUGUGCCCACCGAAGGUCUGCAGCAUGAUGAUGGAAUGCUGGGCGUUCGGCAGCGAGGACAGACCCAGCUUCUCCCAGCUACAGGACCUGAUUGAGAGCAGCUUGCAGGAUGAACGAGAAGGAGCCAAAGGAUGAAAAACCUUAGAGAUCAUAAAUCUAUAUUUUUUAAUGUUUCUCAUUCCUCAUUAGUUAAAAGUGGCUGAUGUGUAAAUAGGCUCGCAGGUAUUGGACAGAACUCAGGGACGAGGGCUAACACGUGCUUCCUCCUCCUGCCGUGGCUUCUUUUCACUGGGCAGAGCUUUAACGUGUGUUUAGAAUCACGACAUGCCUCAAACAGACAGCCAGAGGGCGGUGCCACCCUAUAAAUUGGGUGUCCAACAAGCUCUUUGUAGAGUGUCCGGAUACUUUUGACCCAUUUGUGUAUUUAUUUUAAUUCUUAACGACAUUUUUAUACGUUUGAAGCUUCUGUGUUAAUAAAAUAUCAUUAAAUAAAA